AAAAAUAAUAUAUUAUAUCGCUGUAUAAAUUAUCAGGGAUUAAAUAUAAUUAUCAUUAAAAAUCAUUAUUUUUUAUUAUUAAUUAAUAAGAUAAUAAAUUAUUUUAGCAGGAUAAAGAUUUUUAUUAAAUUUAAUUUAUAUAAUAUUUAA